AUAUCUAAUUAUUUUGGGUGGAGUUAUUAAAGUGUAUUUGUAUAUUUUGGAGUUUUUUUUUGUGGAGAGUUCGUCAGAGUCGUUGCUUAAUAAAUAUUGAGUUGUUAAAAGAUAUUGGAGUUUGAAUAUUUUCCGAAAUUGCUAUUCACACAUAUUUAUUUUCAUUGUGUUUGGAUUUAUGACUUUUACAAGUGUUUGCUGCGAUUUAACAAGGACGUCAAACAAAAAUUUAAAAAAAUUGUGAAAAUGCCGCCUCUGAGGUAUACACACGCUAUUGUGGCAAGAAUUUCAGAGACGCUAAAGCAAUCCUCCGAAUUUAAUUAUAACUUAGCUAAAAAGCAGCACCAAGAAUUCUGUUCAUUGCUACGAGAGGUUGGCUUGGAUGUGAUUGAGCUACCACCAGACGAAACUUUGCCGGAGGGUGUUUUUGUAGAAAGUGCCGCAAUAAUAUGCAAUGGAGUUGCUCUAAUAAGCAAAUCCGACAAUUUAUUCCGGCAAAGGGAGGCUGACAGUAUGGAGAUCAUUUUGAAAAAAGAACUUGAUAUACCUGUGGUGAACCCUAAUAUUACAAAUGCCCUAUUGGAUGGCGGAGAUGUUUUGUUUACCGGCCGUGAAUUUUUUGUGGGCAUAUCCAACUACACAAACGAAGAUGGUGCAAAAGCUGUCGCAGUUGCAUUCCCAGAAUACCCUGUGACGCCUAUCAAGGUUAGUGGAAACAAACGUCUAAAGUAUUAUGUUACAAUGGCCGGUCCAGAUGUUUUAUCUGUAAGCACAAGUAACUACUGUCAAGAAAUAGUUAAACGUAUGGAAAGAGAGGCCAGUUUUAAGUAUCAAAAAAUCACGCUGCCGGAGGAAAAUGCUGCCAAUAUGCUUUAUAUUAACGGCACUCUUAUACAUCGUUCCCCUGCAGAAAUUCCUGCUUCGUACAAAGUUAUAAAGGACAAAAUUGACACACCUAGUCGAAAUAUAGAUAUUAAUGAAUUUGGCCAAUUUUCUAACGGGCUCACUUCGGCAUGCCUACUAUUGCGGCGAUGGAAAUCUAUACGUAACAUUUAGAUUCAAUAGCGAAAUAACCUGAUUCAUAGCGGAAUUCCAGAAUAUAAAUUAUCUCUGCCAAUGGUUCUAUAAUAAUAAAUAUACAUAACUGUGACAUACCUAUUUAAAUGUAUAUUAGGUAAUUUAAAUAUAUGCUUAAAAAUGUUAAAAUUAUUUACUAGUUAAAAUUUAUAUUCAUAUACAUAUGUAUAUUAUGAAUAGUUGUUACGGAAAUAGAAAUUAAAUUACU